CAACUCACCUACUCACCACAAGUCGCUCAUAAAGCUCACACUCAUAAACAACAACAAUGGCAUCUUUCGAGCCUCAGAACCCCCAGGGAAACUUCCAACAAUGCGCUCAAUCCAGUGCCCAGCAGCAAGGUGGCCAAGAGCGACAAGACUGGCUCGACAAGGGCAUCGAGGAUGCCGGCCAGAAGGCAGGAGUUAACAUUAGCAACCAGAAUGCCGACAAGGCUGGUGACUUCGUGGAUAAGGAGUUUGACAAGAAAGAAGGUUUCAAUCUUCCCGGCGUACACUAGUCGAAGUCCAGCUAUUUGAACCUGCUACGAAGAAAUGAAAUGUUUUAGAUCAG